GUCGGUUCUUUUCUUGACAAUUUGUCGACAACCCCAUUGUUUAUUUCUUUGGUAAAGCCAUAAAAGAGUCAUCAUCUCUUGUGUCUUUUGUUGUCGUUGUUGGGGUUUCAUUUAAAGAAAAACAUAAACAAGACAUAAAAUCUUAGAAAAUAAAGUAAAAAGUAUAUCACGAAUAAAGAAGGAUCUCUUUUCCCUCUUUUCUCGUUUCUCUUGGCUUUACCUACCCAUUGCCAUUGUCCUUGUCUUUUCUCGUAGGCGUUGUGUUGCUUGGUUUAGUUUGCUUCCAAAAGGUUGGACUGACGUUUGGUGGGUUUGUUUAUUUGUUUAUUUGAUUUUGUGCAUGUGUGUAGACUCUUUUAUAGACUAAAAGAUCAUUAUUAUUUUUUCAAGGUUUCUUUUUCGGCGUUGUCUUUUUUUGAUUGUUGUUUGAUAUCUGUUGUUGUUGUUGUUGUUUUUUUUGGUGACAUUGGAAAAGCGUAAUUGCUUCUCGACAACUUGGUAUUCUUUUUCAUUGAUAUUGCCUUUUUUUUUCCGUUUCCUUUUCAUAUUUUAAUCUUUCUUUCGUUUAUUUUCUUGACUCUUAUUGACAAGGAAUUAAUAUGAAAGUCUUGCAACGCUUGAGCGAAUGGAUCGAAGAAAUCGAUUUUAAAAUCGCUCGUAGUCCCGUCGGUCGUUGGUUCCGCCUUGAAGGAUGUGGACAUGUCCGUGAACGUAGGGGAAGUCGUUUUAGUGUUGAACUCCGUGCUGGAUUAACUACCUUUUGUGCUAUGGCAUACAUCCUUGCUGUCAAUGCUUCUAUCAUGAUCGACACUGGGGGUCCUUGCGAUUGUACCGCUUCUGAUCCAAAACAAUGCGACACCGAUCAAGCCUUCUUGGCAUGCAAACAAAACUUUCAUCGUGAUGUUGUCACCGCUACUGCUGCUAUCUCUUGUUUAUCUUCUGUCUGUAUGGGUGUCUUUGCCAAUAUGCCCGUCGGAAUGGCUCCUGGUAUGGGUUUAAACGCUUAUUUCGCUUAUCAGGUAGUUGGUUAUAACGGUUCUGGUCGUGUUCCUUACCGUGAAGCAUUGUUGGCCGUUUUUGUCGAAGGCUUCAUCUUUACGGGUCUUACCAUCAUCGGCCUUCGUCAAUGGCUCGCCCGAGCCAUCCCUGCUUCUCUCAAAUUUGCAACAGGUGCUGGUAUCGGUUUGUAUUUAACCAUCAUCGGCCUCACCCCUAGUGCUGGUUUAGGUGUCGUUGGCCAUUCCGCUUCCGACAUUGUUGGCCUUGGUGGUUGUCCUCCAGAAUAUCUUUCCGCCGAUUAUACAUGUGAUGGCCAUGAGCUGCAAUCCGCUCGUAUGUGGGUCGGAAUCUUUUGCGGUGGUGUCUUUACCGCCAUUCUCAUGAUGUAUCGCUUUAAAGGUGCUGUCCUUGCUGGUAUUGCCCUCGUCACCAUUGCCAGUUGGCCUCGUAGAUCAAAAAUUACCAUGUUCCCCCAUACCGACAGCGGUAACUCCGACUUUGACUUCUUUAAAAAAGUCGUUAGCUUCCGUAAAAUUAAUAGUAUCUUGGUCGCCCAAAAUUGGAAAGUCACUGGUGGUCAAUUUGCCGUCGCUUUGAUCACUUUCCUUUACGUCGAUAUCAUGGAUACAACAGGUACUUUGUAUUCCAUGGCUCAUUACGCUGGUCUCGUUGAUCAACGUACCCAAGAUUUUGAAGGGUCCGCCGUUGCUUAUCUCGUCGAUGCUUUGAGUAUUUCUAUUGGAUCGCUUUUCGGCGUUUCUCCCGUCACUGCUUUUAUCGAGUCUGGUUCUGGUAUUUCUGCCGGUGGUAAAACCGGCCUUGUUGGUGUUGUCAUUGGUAUCUGUUUCUUCAUUUCUCUCUUUUUCGCUCCCAUCUUUUCCAGUAUUCCCGUUUGGGCAACUGGCUCAACCUUGGUUCUCGUAGGUAGUUUGAUGAUGAAGAGUUCGGCUCUUAUCAACUGGAGUUAUCUUGGCGACUCUAUUCCUGCAUUUAUCACCAUUGCUUUAAUGCCUCUAACCUAUUCCAUUGCUUAUGGUUUAAUUGCAGGUAUCAUUAGUUACAUCGUUCUGAAUACCAUCAUUUACCUCAUCGACAAGGCAAGCGCGGGAAAAAUUACUCCCGGCGAUUACGAUCAGAAGGAACCAUGGACUUGGCGUGUCGAGGGUGGUCUAUUACCUCCUUGGGUCAAGCGACUAUGCCAUGGUGAGAAGCGGUUUUGGGAAGACCCAACUGAUCGCAAAUUGGAUGAAAAUAUGGACUUAGAGAUGAGCCAUACAACUUCAUCUAUGACUGAAAAGAAAACCAAUGUUGAUUCUGUUGUUUUGAAAGAAACAACUGCUGAUCACCUACCUUUGGACGAACAAAUUGGUGAAAGUGAAAGUAUCCGGGAAGUGCGUCAUGAUACUCCCUAUGCUGGUAUCGACACUGAAACACGUAUGCGCAUUUAAAUACUUUGGUGGGUUUGUGGUUUUUAUAUUCUUUUUCAGAAAUGGGAAUUCUUAAUCUUUUUGUGUAAUUCUAAUUAUUUAUACAUAGUCUAUUUUUUAUAACAAAUUUAAGUGGUACAUUCUAAAAAAGGCGUUUUACUCAUCUCAAAAGGUCAA